AUGUCGUCGAAAUCACAUAAUAAUUUAAAUGUGGACGAUAUUGAACGUGAAUUGGAGAAUAGUGACACAGAAUUUGAAAAUUACGACAGUGACAGUGAUCCUGAAUAUUUGAUGUCUGAUGGAGAAUCUGAUUCAAAUGAUGAAGAAGUUGUAGCACAUGGUGAUCCGGUUAUAGAUUUUCUAGAAGAAGACUGGUCAAACACUGUUUUGAAUUUGCGCAGAGUUGAUUUUACUGGUAAGUCUGCUGGUUUACUACAUGAAAUAGUAAUAGAAGAUUCUACAAAUAUUUUGAAACCGAUAGACGUAUUUUUUAGUAUUAUCGAUAAUGACAUUUUACUUUUAAUGUGUAAUGAAACAAAUCGGUACGCACACCAGAGGCUAAAUAGUGGACCAGUUAGAAGAAGUAGUAGAAUGUCUAGAUGGAAAGAUGUAGAUAUUGAUGAAAUGAAAAAGUUUUUAGGUGUUUUGAUGUUUUCUGGUGUUGUUGUAUUUCCUACUUAUGAAUCAUAUUGGAAAAAAGACAGUCUAUAUUAUCAUGAGUUAUUUCACAAAAUUGGCAUGAGCUAUAAUAGAUUUAUAAUUAUUUUAAGAUGUUGGCACUUUGUAGACAAUAAUAUUGCUAGAGAUAAUACAGACAGGUUAUAUAAAAUUAAACCGUUAAUGGAUAUGAUUUUUCAAAAAACACAAAAUUUGUACACUCCAGGAGACACAUUAGUUGUUGACGAAUCUAUGAUAGCUUUUAGAGGAAGACUUUUAUUUCGUCAAUAUAACCCGUCAAAAUCCCAUAAAUAUGGUAUCAAAAUGUACAAAUUGUGUACACCUGAAGGUUUUACAUGGGCUUCUAGUAUUUAUUGUGGUACAGGACCUACUUUAGGAACUCUGGAUAAGCCGGGAACAGUUGUGGUAAAUUUAGCUGAUAGUUUACUUGAUGAAGGCCGUUUGAUAAUAACAGACAAUUUUUAUACUAGUGUUCCACUUGCUGAAUAUCUUUAUGGCCGAAAAACUGAUUUUUGUGGUACUUUAAGAAAAAAUCGAAAAUGGCUUCCAGUAGAUGUAAAAGAUAAAAAAUUGAAAAAAGGGCAGGGAAUCGAUGUUUCAGAUCAACUAAGCAGUUAUUAUAAUCCACAACGAAAAUCUCUUGUUUGGUACAAAAAAGUUGCUAUGGAAUUACUAUUUGGGAUAACAGUAGUAAAUAGUAUGAUUAUUUUCAACAAACAAGUAAACAAGAAACUAACUUUACUUUCAUUUACCGAAUCACUGUCUAGAAGUAUUUUGUGUACAGAGGUUACAGACAAAUCAGAAUCUGUGAACAUUCAAAAAAAUAUUUCAAUGCAUUUUCUUGAACAGUUUGAUAGACAAAAUGGAAAAAUGCAAAGAAAAAGAUGUCAUGGGUGCUAUUCAAGUCUUCGUGAAGAUGGACAGUUGAGUGCAGAAGAAGCUGGAAAAAAAGCAAAAAAAGUUAACACACAUUGUAAAGUAUGUGGUAAUGCUUAUUGUUUAAUUUGUUACAACAAAAUCCAUUAG